GGAUUUCUUCCAGGCAGGAGGGCUGUGUUCAGCACUCCCCCGGGGGAACUCUAGUCAGGACAGGGCCCCAAAAGGAGUGCUGGGGAUGACCUUUCUGCCCCACAUUCAGUAGUCCCCUAACAGAAUGGUUAGUACUUAGUUAAAUGCCAUUUUCUAGUAUUAGAUGUUCUUUGUUUUAAAAUUUGGAAAACCCAAGUUGGGACGGUAUAGAGAAGAAAGUCAGGUCUUCGACACUAGAAAUAGCCUCUGAAAGAAUUCGGUACACUUCCCGGCUUUUUCCUACACACUUUUUUGGCGCCUUAAGCCUGGAUCUUCGAAAGGGCUGGUGUCUGCACCCCAGCAGCCUUGACCUGCUCCCGAAGAGUCCCAGUGGGACAUCGUUGCGCCCCGUAGUUCUGCCUGGACAGCCGCUCAGGCCGCCAGGGCAGCGGGAGAGGCGGGGACACGGCGACAGCAGCCGGCAGCGGCUCCGCCUGGCCGGCCCAGCCGGGGUCUCCGGUCUCAGCCCUUCGAGGCGGCAAGGCCGCUCGGCCGGCGCCCCGGCGCGCGUCGGGGUCCCAGCAGGGGCGGGGCGCGCAGCGCGUUUCCGGGAGGAGCGGCCCGCGCGGUGCAGGUGCGGCGGCGCGGCUCACAGCACCCAAUAGAGGCAAGAUUCUGUCCUCAUGGCUAGCCCUGGGAAGCCAGGGGCUGGGGAGUCCCAGGAGGAGGAGGAAGAGGGGGCCGCCCCUGGUCAGCAGGCUGAAGUGCUGCAGCAGGCCCAGGAGUUGUUCUUGUUAUGUGACAAGGAGGCCAAAGGCUUCAUCACCCGGCAGGACCUGCAGGGCCUGCAGAAUGACCUGCUCCUCACACCUGAGCAGCUGGAGGCUGUGUUUGAAAGUCUGGAUCAGGCCCACACUGGUUUCCUCACUGCCCGCGAGUUUUGCUUGGGCUUGGGGAAAUUUGUGGGGGUGGACUUGGCUCAGGGCAUGCAACCCCCCCGGAAUGCUGAGGAAACCUUUGAAUCUGGCUGGUCAGAUGUACAGGGCACCAAGGGUUCUUUGGAGGAGGAGGAGCAGGAGGAGCAGGAAAGAGUCUGCAUUGCCCUGGAACAGCUGGGAGUGGCCCGGGUCUUGGGAGAGCAGCAGGCUGUGAGGGCACUCUGGGCCCGGUUGCAGCGUGAGCGACCCGAGCUGCUGGGUUCUUUCGAAGAAGUUCUGAUGCGUGCAUCGGCCUGCCUGGAAGAGGCAGCCAGGGAGCGUGACAGCCUAGAGCAGGCGCUGCGGAGGCGGGAAAGCGAGCACGAGAGGGAAGUGCGCGGCCUCUACGAGGAGCUGGAGCAGCAGCUCCGGGAGCCGCGGCAACGCGGGCAGAGCCAGAACCUCCCCCUGGAGAAGCGAAGGGGCCAUCUGGAGCUGGAGCUGCAGAGUCGCGAGCAGGAGUUGGAGAGCGCCGGCCUGCGGCAGCUGGAGCUGGAACGGCAGCUGCAGGCCCAGGCUGCAGAGCAGCUGGAGGCGCAGGCCCAGAACACCCAGCUGCGGCAGGCUUACGAGGCACUGCAUGCACAGCUGGAGGGGGUGCAGGAGCAGCUGCGCAGCCUGGAGGGCAAGGCUCGGGGCCGCCAGGAGCAAACCCAACGAGAUGUGGUUGCGGUCUCCAGGAACAUGCAGAAGGAGAAGCUCAGCCUCCUACGGCAGCUGGAGCUGCUCAGGGAGCUGAAUAUGCGGCUCCGAGACCUGCGUGAUGAGGGAGAUGCCUGUGCGGCCAAGCUGUUCGGCAGAAGCCACAAGAAGACUCUGGUCACAGCUGGACUGCCUGGGCCCACCUGUUGCUGCUGUUGCAGCUGGGCUCGGCCCCCAAGACGUGGGUCUGGACACCUUCCCAGUGCCUGAUAACCAGCUCCAAGUGACUUGCUGGGCAUAACCUGGAGGAGCUGCCCCUUGAAGGCCACUUGUCCUGGGAGGAGGGCUGCCAUUCAGGGUGUGGACUCCAGCCCACAAACACUACCCUGUGGGUCUCAGAGUCUCGUGUGCCCCUGCCAGUACUCAUCCUGUUCCCAUGUCUGUCCAGCAAAAGCAAAACAACAAAAACCAAAAAACUGCUAUAAAGUCCAUCGGGCGCAUGUGUGCUCCUUGCUUUUCCGUGUCUGGGAGCUGCAGCACGUGUGUGGUUCACCGUGAGGUGAGAGGCUCACACGAGGCACACGACCCUGCUGUGUUAGGGCUGUGGGUCCCUGAGCGCCUGAAGGUGUUCUGGUCAUGCUUCAAGGCCUGGGUGUCCAUCAGAGCUGGAGGUCUUGCAACCCCUUCUCACCAGGAAGCCGCUCAGUGGGUUCCCGGAAGCCCCAGCCCGUCUGCCACGCCCUCUCCUAGGCCAGUCCUCACGCAGACCCAGAGCUCUCUUGGGGCUGAGAACGUGCGGUCCGGCUGUGCGGAAACCCCAUUCCCUUACUCCCACUGGGAGGUGGAGUAUGCAGGCCCUGUCCUUUCUUCUGUCACCUGGCACCGCUCCCAGGCCUCAUGCCCUCCAUAUAGGGAACCUCCUGCGGGGUCCCUGGGGUCCCCGGGCGUCCUCCACACUGCACCCGGAGCAGCCCCUCUUCCCAUCGGCCCACUGGAACCUCCCGGCCCCAGCCGG